AUGCGUUCCGUUCUAUUGGUCUGCCUAAUCGCGACUGCUUAUGCAGGUAUUUGCCCCGCAAAUGGCGGCAUGAACGAUCAGAUCCGUCAAAAGUUCUUGGACGUUCACAACGAGCUAAGAUCGCUGGUGGCUAAUGGAAAAGCUAAAGACGGUUAUGGAGGUUAUGCUCCUAAAGCUGCUGCCAUGAACAAAUUGAAGUACGAUUGCGAUGUGGAGAAAUACGCUGUGAAACACGCUGCUAAAUGUGUCUUCCAGCACUCAAAUACUGAAGAUCUUGGAGAAAACAUCUACAUGCGCGGCUCAGCGUACGACCCAGUAAAAGCUGCCGAAGAUGCUUCAAGAUCAUGGUUUGGGGAGCUUGCACAACGCGGAGUUGGCAAAGACCUCACGUUCAGCAUGAAACUCUUCAACAAUAAAGUUGGACAUUACACACAGGUCUGCCUAAUCGCGACUGCUUAUGCAGGUAUUUGCCCCGCAAAUGGCGGCAUGAACGAUCAGAUCCGUCAAAAGUUCUUGGACGUUCACAACGAGCUAAGAUCGCUGGUGGCUAAUGGAAAAGCUAAAGACGGUUAUGGAGGUUAUGCUCCUAAAGCUGCUGCCAUGAACAAAUUGAAGUACGAUUGCGAUGUGGAGAAAUACGCUGUGAAACACGCUGCUAAAUGUGUCUUCCAGCACUCAAAUACUGAAGAUCUUGGAGAAAACAUCUACAUGCGCGGCUCAGCAAAAGCUGGAUUAAUUUCACCAAGCUUGGAUUUUCUACAUGCUGAACACAGCUUCGCAGCCACUGUACUGUUCGGCGUAUCAUUUGAAGUGCAUCACUAA